AUGCUCCUGGAGCACAGUCCGUGCACCAAUCCUAUUAAAGAACAUAACGGACAGAAAAGGACUACAGAUCGGGUGUCGGAAAUCUUUUGCCUAGCCUUGCCUAAAACAAGAAAUAUUCGCUGGUGUCUGACAUCAGAAAGUGAAUACAAAAAGUGUAAAGAUUUGGCAAGAUCUUGUAAGAGCUCAGACAUUACCCUCAUUUGUGUAAAGAGAUCCAGCCUCGAAGACUGUUUCACUGCCAUUAAUGAUGGAGAUGCUGAUGCGAUUACCGUAGAGAGUGGAAAUGUCUAUAAAGCAUCCUUGCACCCAUACAACUUGAAACCAAUCCUGGCAGAAAGUUACGGCCCUCAAAAAGAAACUUGCUACUAUGCAGUGGCCGUGGUGAGAAAAUCGAGCACUUUCAAGUUCAGUGAGCUGAAGAACAAGAGAUCUUGUCACACUGGAAUAGGACACAUGGCUGGAUGGUAUUCACCACUAACAGUUCUUCAGGAGAAAAAGAUGCUGAACUGGACUAUUGGAGAAACACAAAGAGCGGUCUCAAAAUACUUCUCCGCAAGUUGUGUCCCGGGAGCCUCCGAGCCAAAUCUGUGCAAGCAAUGUACAGGACGGGGAAGCAACAAGUGCAAGUCCAGCAAUGAUGAACCCUACUACAGCCCGAACGGGGCACUGAAAUGUCUUAGAGAUAAUAAAGGCGAUGUAGCUUUUGUGCCACACACGGCUAUUCCAGCUGAAUUCAGUAAAAAUUUCCAACUACUCUGCCCUGACAAUACCAGAAAGCCAAUAGACCAAUACCAACAAUGCUACUUGGCAGAGGUUCCAGUCAAUGCUGUGGUGACCAGGAGUGCCGGAGACAAAACUUUAGAUAUUGUGGCCUUGUUCCAGAAUGCUCAGAAAAAAGGAUGUAAACUAUCCGGCCCUAAAUACGGGAAGAAUCUACUUUCGAAGAACUCCACAGCCACUUUCAUUCCUCUACCAGCGGCAAUGGAUGCCUUCUUGUAUCUUGGGGCACACCACUUCACAUCCAUCCAAGCAAUGUCUGUGUCAAAUCCGACUUCCAAGGUUUCUGUGCGUUGGUGCACACAGAGCAGACAGGAGAAGAGAAAAUGUGAUGACUGGACACCUGCAAGUGGUGGGGCCAUUGAAUGCACUGAGGCGUCUUCUGCGGAAGAAUGUAUCCUACAAGUCUUGAAAGGUGAUGCUGAUGCAGUAACACUAGAUGGAGGGUACUUGUACACAGCAGGGCAAUGUGGCCUUGUUCCUGUAAUGGGAGAGUACUAUAACCAAGAGGAUUUGAAACCAUGCAGAACAAGUGGAUCAAAAACACAAGGAACAUAUUAUGCUGUUGCCGUUGUGAAGAAAAGUAACAAAGACAUCUCAUGGAACAAUCUUAAAGGCAAGAUGUCCUGCCAUACGGCUGUAGGACGCACUGCUGGCUGGAAUAUUCCUGUUGGUCUUAUUAAUAAGAAGAACAAUAACUGUGAUAUUGGUUCCUACUUCAGUAAAAGUUGUGCUCCCGGCUCUGACAUUGACUCGACCUUCUGUCAGUUAUGUGUCGGUGACCCCCAGAAAACACUCACAGAUACUAAGUGCUCCCCCAGUGAUGCUGAGGCUUAUUAUGGCUACUCUGGAGCUUUCAGGUGUCUUGUUGAAAGAGGAGAUGUGGCUUUUGUGAAGCACACUACUGUAUUGGAGAACACAGAUGGUAAAAACCCAGCAGAAUGGUCAAGGAAACUGAAGUCAAGUGAUUUUGAGUUGUUAUGCCUUGAUGGCUCUCGUGCAUUGGUCAGCGACUACAAAACCUGCAACCUGGCUGAGGUGCCUGCCCAUGCUGUCAUUACCCGGCCAGAGAAGAGGAAUAGUGUGGUAAAGAUGCUUAGUAAACAUCAGUCACUGUUUGGGCGGAAUGGAAUCCAGGCACAGAAAUUUCAGUUAUUCGGCUCUAAGGAAGGAAAAGAUCUUCUCUUUAAGGAUUCCACCCAAUGUUUGCUUGAGAUUGAUCAGAAAAUGAUGAUGGAGGAUUUUCUAGGAAAAACCUACUACUCAGCAGUGUCUUCCCUUAACAAGUGCUCCACUACAUCAGAUCUGCUCUCUGCCUGUAUGUUCCACAGCUGUUAAGUAAGUUUGGUGUGAAGAAUUAGAACUGGUGCGCCAUGUCAUACCCAAUCUUCAUCUCUCUUCAACAACUCCUUUUUAUUUUUCAAUAAAUUUUACAAAC